UGACAACAAAAAAAAUGUUUUUUCAACAGGAAAUACUGAAAUACAUCCGUUUAGUAUUUUUUUUUCUCUAUUAUACAUGCUAAAGUAUAUUAGUGAAAUGUUCUUUUUUAAAACUCGAAAACGAUCGUGACUGAGACUAUCGUGGAUUCCACAUGUUAUACUUAAUUCAUUAGACACAAACAUUAUGAAUUACACUAAUGAUAACAAUCAAUUCGACACAAGUUAUGCUAAGGAAAUAAACGAAUUCCCAUUUACCAUUAGUCAGGAUGUAUGUGUGAAGUAUUAAUUCAAUCAAAUCAAUUUAUAUCAUUACGUCAUUUAUUAAAUAGAAUACCAAAAACAUGGUUGGUAUCUGAGGAAAAUUUCUUAUUUUAUUAUCACCGUCACCAACAACAAUUCAAUACACAAUUAGAAAUAUUAACUAAUGAACAAUUAUAUGAAUUACGUGAAUUAAUUAUUAAAUCAUUCAUUAUUCUAUCAUAUAAUGAUCAUAAUUAUAAAUUAGUCUAUGAAUUAAUUAAAUAUAAUCAUUUUUUUAAUAAAAAACAUCAAACUAUAUUACAACAUAUAUGGUAUAAUAUACAUUAUAAUAUAAUAGAAAAAUUACGUCAACGUUCAUUAACCGCUGUUGAUAAAUAUCGUAUACGUAAAAAAUAUCCAUUACCUAAUACAAUAUGGGAUGGUGAAAAAAUUUUUUAUUAUUUUAAACAAAAUAUAAGAUAUUUAUUAAUUAAUUAUUAUCAAUAUAAUAAAUAUCCAAAUUCUAUAGAAAAAUAUGAAAUUUCUAGAAAAACUGGAUUAACUAUAACUCAGGUAAGUAAUUGGUUUAAAAAUCAUAGACAACGUGAUAAAUCCUUAGAAUCAACUGAUUUAUACAUUAAAAAUAAAAAUAAAACUCUUCUUAACAAUAAUUAUAAUUGUAAUUGGUCUUGGCAGUCAAUUCAAUCCAACACCGAUACUACUACUACUACUACCACUACUACUACUACUACUACUACUACUACUAAUAAUAAUAAUAAUAAUAAUAAUAAUAAUAAUAAUAAUAAUAAUAAUAAUAAUAGCAAUAGUAAUAAUAAUUCAAUUAUACAGCAUGAACAAAGUAUAAAAAAUGAAUAUUCAAUUGAAACAUAUCGAAAAUCUUUUAACUAUCAAUCAUCUUAUCAACAACUCACUAAUCAACAAACAUUGUCUGGCAACAACGGUAUAGAUCAGAAUCUCAGUUCUUCCGUAGAAAAUCCAAAAGAUUCAGAAUAUUAUAGAACAAUAAUAUCAUAUCCAAUAUACUCACAUCAAUAUUUAACAUCAUCUAAAAAUUCCAAUGAAUUAUGGUUUACACAAUGGUCAACUAAUCAUUUCAACAGUGAACAUGAUAAAUAUAAUUAUGAAGGAAAUUAUAAUACUGCUAGUUUUGAUCAUAAUCAAAAUCAUUCAUAUUAUACACUUUAACGAAAUGAAUAAUGAAUUGUAUACAGUCAAUCAAUUGAAUUCAUAGUGAAACAAUAUCAUCUUUGAAUUAUUCUAAUGUACAUUAAAA